CAGAGAUCAGUAGUUGAUUGCCAGCCACUGGGGACGCAGCUUCGCCAACGACUCGAGAAUCAAUCAGAGUGGAAAACAAGGAGUGCAAAAUUAGGAAAAUUGGAACAUCUGGAAAAAUGCUCUUGCUCAUCGCCCUUUCCUUGGCCUUUUUGGGGGCUGAGGCCCAGCAAACUGGCAAAGCCAUCAUGCAUUUUGGCAACUGCAUUUCGGUGGAAUUCGGCAGAGGCACCUGCAUCGAGAAAAGGGACUGCGAUUUUUACGCCGUGGAUAAACUAAUGGAUGUGGCCAGCAAACAACAGUGCUUCUCCCGCCAGCGACCCGAUCUGGUGUGUUGUCCCCGCGAGACGAACAUUAUCCCGCCCUUUGCUCCCAGGAUCGGCAAUAUGUCGAGCAAUGCCAAUGUCCCAGGGGCGAACACGACCAGGAGCGGCAGCUCGACUCCUCUGAAACUGUUGCCCAGAACGACGCCCCGUCCACCCACGGGGAUCGACGAACUGCCCCAGCAUCCGUACUGCGGCUCCGCCUUCUCGUUCCGCGUGGUCGGCGGCGAGUACACCGGGCUCUACGAGUUCCCCUGGACCACCCUGCUGGAGUACGAGCUGGCCGAUGGGAGCAAGGACUACGCCUGCGGGGCAUCCUUCAUCGCCCAAAGGUGGCUGGUCACCGCCGCCCACUGCAUCCAUACGUUCGGCAGGAACCUCACGGCCGCCGUUCUGGGGGAAUGGGAUCGGGACACGGAUCCGGAUUGCGUGACUGUGUCCGGGGUGCGGGAGUGUACCCCUCCGCACAUCCGGGUGACCAUCGACCGGAUCCUGCCUCACUCGCAGUACUCGAACCGCACCUACGGCAAUGACAUAGCCCUGCUGCGACUGUCCCGCCCGGUCAACUGGCUGCAGAUGCCGUAUCUGGAGCCCGUCUGCCUGCCGCCGCAGGGGGGCAGGAUUGCUAAUCAGCUGGCCGGCUCCGCCGCCGACGUUUCCGGCUGGGGCAAGACCGAGUCCAGCGGCAGCAGCCGGAUCAAGCGGAAGGCCAUGCUGACGAUCCAGGCGCAGGACCAGUGCCAGGAGGCCUUCUCCAAGGACUCCAACAUAGUCCUGACCGAGGGUCAAAUGUGCGCCGGCGGCGAGAUCGGCGUCGACUCCUGCAGCGGCGACUCCGGCGGUCCGCUGACCGUGGAGGCCAGCACGGUGCAGGGCGACCGGUACGUCUACCUGGCCGGUGUCGUCUCCAUCGGGCGGGAUCACUGUGGCAAGGCGCUCAUCUCGGGGGUCUACACCCGGGUCAGCAGCUACUUGGGCUGGAUCGAGGGCACCAUCCGCGCGAAUCGCGCUUAGCUGGCUUCCUGUUCCCUUGUAAAGCAAAGUAAAGCUUGUUCCGACCAUCGAUGACAUUAAAACAAUUUUUAAAUACAUACAAUAUUUAUUAUA